UCCAUGUUAAUGACGUUUAUAAAAACUGAACAUGCUUGUCCUCUCUUAUAUUUCCUAAAACAACAUAUUUUUCUAUCUUAUAAAUUUACUUCUGGAACAAUAUUUACAACAUGGAUUGCAAUAGCAGACAGCUCGCCGAAGAUUACUUCUUAAGAGUACCAGCUGACGCACGAAUAAGGAAAGUUAAAGAAGAAGUAGAAGAUGAUCCUCAUCCAACCUUGAAAGUUGAAAUGCAAACAGUUCGUCUUAAUCCGGAUUCACAAAAACUUAUUUUGGAUACAUUAAGAUAUAUACAUGGACCCGAUUUUAAAUUGGGCAGUGCGAGUCUAUACAAGGAUAAAGGUUCAAAUCUUAGUAACAGAUAUUGGAUGCAAAGAGGCAACUUAGUAGUGCAAGGAGGCUGUGACUAUUCACUUACUACAAAACCAGAUAUAAAAACCUCCGAAGCAAGGCUACGAGAAUUUGCAUUAACUAAAUUAGAGAAAUAUAGUUUUCACAAAGCACAUUGUGCGGAAGCUUUAGAAUAUGCAGCUGAAAAUGUUGAAAAAGCCUUAGAAAUCCUAUACAAUAAAUAUAUCAAUGUUAGUGAAGAAGUUAAACCAGAAAAUGUUCCAUCACAGUCUGAAUUGAUGGAAAUGAGAAUGGAUGAAAAAGCUGUACUUGAAUCUAUUUAUGAAAGUAAUUUCAAUGUGAAAGACAAUAAUGUUUGGACAGUCAAACUUAAUAUGGAUUAUUUAACUAAAGUAUAUGAGAACAAAGAUGCUGACAUUGUUAAGAGGAAAGUAACUACAAAUCACAACACAAAUUUCAAAACGAAAAAGAAAGAAGCAUGUAAACUCUUCCUACGUGGUUCAUGCAGAUUCGGUGCUAAAUGUAAAUUCUUACAUAAUAAUCCUAUAGAAAAUAAACCAAAUGAAGUUGAAAACAAAGACAGUGAAAAAAUUUCUUAUGAAUUAGAAAUAAGAUUUACAGACGGUACCCUAUAUCCUUAUCAACCUCCGUUACUAUUUUUUAAAUUAUGUCAUAAAACAGAUUUAAUACCGGAGCUUACAUGUUUACGAAUAACUGCUAGAUUAUAUGAGGAAGCUAAAAUAUUAGCACAAGAUGGUGUACCGAGUAUUUAUUCAUUAGUUGAAUUAUUAAAUAACGAAGAUGAUAUAGUUAAUUAUGUAAAAUUUGAUACUAGAAAAUUUCCUGAAGCAUCAGAUGCUCUAUUUCCACAGUUAAUUGAAAACACAGAUAAUGAAGAGAAGCAACUUCCAUCCCAUUAUAAAAAGGGUGAAGCCAGAGACAAUAGAUCAACUAUUAAUGUUGAAGAACUUUUAAAAGAAAAUAGUGAAAUAGCAAAACGAUGGUCAGAAAAAAAAGAGAAUAAUAGAUAUAAUAGAAUGAUGUCUGAUAGAAGAAAACUACCUGCAUGGCAAAAGAGAAAGGAAAUUCUAGAAGCAAUGAAUAAAUCACAAGUAAUAGUCAUAAGUGGUGAAACUGGAUGCGGUAAAAGUACUCAAGUUCCUCAAUACAUACUCGAUGAUUGGUUAAGUAAUUAUAAAAAUAAUGGAAGAGAACAUGUUGAAAUCGUAUGCACGCAACCACGAAGGAUAUCAGCUAUUGGUGUCGCUGAAAGGGUUGCUGAGGAGAGGGUAGAAAAGGCUGGUCAAGUUGUUGGUUACCAGAUAAGGUUAGAAAGCAAAAUAUCUUCUAAAACAAGAUUAACAUUUUGCACAACCGGUAUACUGUUACGGAGACUGGAAUAUGAUCCGCAAUUAAAAUCGGUGACGCAUAUUAUUGUGGACGAAGUCCACGAGAGAUCAGAGGAAAGUGAUUUUCUAUUACUAAUUCUAAGGGACCUGAUCAAAGUUAGGAAGGAUUUGACAGUCAUUCUCAUGAGUGCUACAUUGAAUGCUGAUUUGUUUUCCAAUUACUUUAACAAUGUUCCUGUUUUGGAAAUACCAGGUAGAACCUUUCCCGUGGAGCAAUUGUUUGUAGAUGAAAUAAUGGAUUUGACAAAUUAUGUGUUAGAAGAAAAUGGUACUUAUGCUCGAAAAGUUAAAAAAGGUGACAGAGAUAAGAAACACGAUUUUGAGACAGAAUUAGAGACCUGUGACGUCCGUUCAGAGGCGACAGAGCCGCCGAAGACAUCGAUACGAGACGAAAAUCUCUCCAUAUCUCAAAUGGUUGCAAGAUACCCCAAAUGUAGUAAGAUAGCCUGUAAAAACUUAUAUCUUAUGGACACUGAAAAGAUUAAUUUAGACUUAAUUGAGCAUGUCCUAACCUAUAUCGUGGAAGGUGAUCACAAUUGGCCGAGAGAGGGCGCUAUUUUAAUAUUUCUUCCUGGUAUAGGGGAAAUAAUGUCUCUGUAUGACCAACUUGUCGAAAGUCACACAUUUAGUCCAAAAACCGGUAGAUACAUUUUAGUUCCUCUCCACUCGACCCUUUCGAGUGAAGAGCAAUCGCUCGUGUUUAAGAAACCUAGACCCGGUGCGAGGAAGAUUGUGCUCUCUACCAACAUAGCCGAGACCUCUGUCACCAUUGAUGAUUGUGUUUUCGUCGUGGAUUGCGGAAGGAUGAAGGAAAAAAGAUUCGAUUCGAACCGUAACAUGGAAUCUUUGGAUCUCGUGUGGGUGUCCCGAGCCAACGCGAAGCAGCGCAAAGGCCGAGCGGGCCGAGUGAUGGCCGGCGUCUGCAUACAUAUGUUCACCUCGCACCGCUACCAGUACCACAUGGCGGAACAGCCGGUACCCGAAAUACACAGGGUUCCAUUGGAACAGUUGAUAUUGAAACUGAAGAUAUUACCUCUAUUCAAAUCUAUGAGCGUUCAUGAUGUCUUGGGGAAAACGAUAGAGCCACCAUUAAAGUCCAAUAUAGAUGGAGCUCUCACACGCCUUCAAGAUGUUGGUGCGCUAGACAAGUCGUAUGUUCUGACUGCACUUGGCAGGCAUUUGGCAGAGCUGCCGGUCGAUGUCCGGAUUGGCAAGUUAAUGUUAUUCGGUGCUAUAUUCUGUUGUGUGGAUUCGGCUUUGACGAUGGCAGCAUUUCUCAGUCAUAAGAGUCCGUUUUUGUCUCCUUUUGGAAAAAAGUCGGAAGCAGAUGCGAAAAGGAGAGAAUUUGCUUGUUCGAACAGUGACCAGUUGACCACUUUACGAGCUUACAGAAAAUGGCAGGAGAUACUUAAAUCAAGUACACACGCGGCGUUAGUUUUCGCAAACGACCACUUCCUGUCACACAAGACACUAUCGAUGCUGGCGGAUAUCAAGCACCAACUCCUGGGUCUGCUGGCGUCCAUCGGCUUCGUACCAGAGAUGCCGGCAUUGAGGAAGAAAAUGAGGAAAGAUUCUGUCGCUGUCCUGACCGGGGAAGAGCUCAAUACAAAUGGAAAUAAUGACAAGUUGUUGGCAGCUAUAUUAUGUGCUGCGUUAUAUCCUAAUGUUGUCAAGGUGCUGACUCCUGAAAAAUCUUUCCACAUGCAAGCUGGUGGAGCCAUACCCCGUCAACCAAACCCAGACGAGCUAAAAUUUAGGACAAAGUCAGAUGGAUAUGUAGCCCUGCAUCCUUCUUCUGUGAAUUCGACCAUUGGAUACUAUGCUAGCCCGUAUCUAGUUUACCAGGAGAAAGUUAAAACAUCGAGGGUUUUCAUUCGAGAAUGCUCCAUGGUACCUCAGUUACCGCUGGUUUUAUUUUCUGGAUGCACACUGGCAGUGGAGCUACACAAUGGUACAUUCAUUGUGUCCUUAGAAGAUGGAUGGAUUAUGUUCCAAGUUGAAAAACACGAAGUUGCUGAAAUGUUGAAGACGAUACGAGUAGAACUAAUUAACCUUCUCGAAGAGAAGAUAAAUGAUCCAUCAUUAAACUUACUUCACUAUGAAAAAGGGAAUAGAAUAAUAAAAACUAUUGUCCAAAUUAUAACUAAAGAUUAAAUAAAAUUAAUUUAUACUGAUGAUGUUAAC